AUGAUGGCGUCGACGACUGAUCCUGACGAAGAACAGCAUCAUACAUUAAUUUCAUUUGAUCGAUUAUCAAAUCAUGUCAAAUUUCAUGAUGAUAUUUCGACUUUAUCAAGAAAAGCUAGCAGCAUUCAAGAAGAUUCACCAUCGACAUCGAGAAAAGUUCCAUUUGGUAUCUUUAACACGAAAGAAAUAAAAAGCAACGGAAGACUAUACUCAAUGAACUCACUAUCGUCGAUUGAAAAAAGUGGCCGAUUUGUCGUGGUGAAAUCAGCCGAAGUACCCGACAUUAAUGAUAACGAUGGAAAUAAUGGCACCAACGAUCGAACGCCCUUACAGACUGGACUAGAGUCUGAUGUUACAUUGAAAUUGAAUGAAAGUCUCUAUGAAGAACGUGAGCAUCGACCGCGUACUGUACUUGAUCAGUUGUAUAAUUACAAAGGUGGAAUCGUACCGAAUGCUGUGGAAGCAGAGAAAACAACUGUCAGUCAACAGAAAUCGGCGAAUCUUGGCACUAUAUUUGGUGUUUAUCUUCCCUGUGUUCAAAAUAUCUUCGGUGUGAUUGUCUUUAUUCGUUUAUUUUGGUUGAUUGGUAUCGCCGGUGCACUCCAAACAUUGCUAAUCGUGUUCAUCUGUAGUUCAUGUACUCUCCUGACAGCUAUUUCAAUGGCAGCUAUCGCUACAAAUGGCAUUGUACCAGCGGGUGGCGCGUAUUUCAUGAUAUCUCGGUCACUUGGACCUGAAUUUGGUGGUGCCGUUGGAAUCUUAUUUUAUCUCGGAAAUACAUUUGCGGCAUCAAUGUAUAUUGUUGGUGCGGUGGAAAUAGUUGUCAAAUAUAUGUGUCCAGAAAAAUGUCGUCUCUUUGGAGAUGAUGUUGAAAAGCCAGAAAUCGCGUUUAAUCAUUAUCGUAUAUAUGGUACUUUACUUCUUCUGAUGAUCGGCGCAUGUGUACUCAUUGGCAUUCGAUUUGUAACGAAAAUUGCGCCCCUGUCAUUAUGUGCUGUCUUGAUUUCAAUUGUGGCUAUCUAUGCAGGCGUUAUCAAAAGUUCGUUUAGUCCUCCUGAUCUUCCUAUCUGUCUUGUUGGCUACGAUCCACCUCAUCUGAUCAAGUCGAAUAUUUUGUACAAUAAUAUUUCUGGCUAUUGUCAUGGAAAGAAGUGGUGUCGUGAAGGAAAUCAGGAUGUCUUAUGUCCACUAUAUGCAUCUCUGUGUAGUAAAACGACGAAUACAUUAUGUGUACAUGAUGGAGACAAUGUACGUGAUGUCCGCAUAGAAUCAGGUGUACCUGGAUUGAAACAAUGGCAGCUGUCAGAAAAUCUCUUUUCACAUUAUCGUGCCGAAGGUGAAAUCGAACAUGAUAUCAAAGGUGACUCCACAUUCGAAGUCGUGGCACAAGAACUCACAACAUUUCUAAUUCUUGUCGGAAUUUACUUUCCGUCAGUUACAGGAAUUAUGGCCGGUUCGAACCGUAGUGGUGACCUGCGCGAUCCAAGUCGAAGUAUUCCACGCGGAACUAUUGCUGCUAUCUUGACAACCUCAGUUAUUUAUUUAUCGAAUGUCAUUUUUCUUGCUGCUUGUGUCCAUGGUUCACUACUGAGAGAUAAAUUCGGUGAUAGCAUCAACAAACAGCUGGUGGUCGCAGUUCUGGCUUGGCCAAGUAAAUGGGUAAUCAUGGUUGGAGCAUUCUGCUCGACUGUUGGAGCUGGUUUGCAGACUCUAACAGGAGCACCGAGACUAUUGCAAGCCGUAGCUAAAGAUGAUUUAAUACCAAUACUCAGGCCAUUAGCAAAAUCAUAUCGAGGUGAACCAGUACCGGCACUUUUUCUUACCUUAUUUGUCUGUGAAUGUGGAAUCUUAAUUGCUGAUGUCGAUAAACUUACAGCACUACUCUCUAUGUUCUUCUUAUUGUGCUAUGGAUUUGUUAAUCUAGCAUGUGCGCUGCAAACGAUUUUGAAAGCACCUAGUUGGCGACCGCGUUUUCGUUUUUAUCAUUGGAUUCUUUCUGUCAUAGGCGUCUUACUUUCCAUUUCGAUUAUGUUUAUUGCUUCAUGGUAUUUUGCUCUCGUUGCCAUGUUUAUUGCUAUCGUCAUAUACAAAUUUAUUGAGUAUAAAGGCGCGGAAAAGGAAUGGGGAGAUGGAAUACGUGGUUUGUCAAUGUCAGCAGCACGCUAUGCAUUGUUUCGUGUUGAUGAAGCUCCACCACAUACGAAGAACUGGCGUCCACAAUUACUUGCUUUCAUUAAUGUACAAAAGAACGAAGAUAAUGAAACGUAUACGUUACAUCACACGAGAGUAUUGAAUUUUCUUUAUCAAUUAAAAGCUGGUCGAGGUUUUGUUGUUGCAGCAAGCAUCUUAGAAGGAGAUUAUCUCGAAAAUUAUCAGCAUGUAGGACCCGUUCGUGAGUUACUGAAAGCUAGUAUGGCACAAGCAAAGGUACCAGGCUUUGCUGAAGUCUUAGCUGCGAAGGACAGUGAAGAUGGUAUCAGUGCAUUGAUUCAAACCGAAGGUUUAGGUGGUUUACGACCAAAUACCGUCGUUCUCUGUUGGCCGGUACAUUGGAAAAAAGAUUAUGACAGUUACACAGCCGAUGCAUUCAUUCGUACAAUUGCCAUUGCAGAGGCUCGUCAAUGUGCUGUCAUUGUUCCAAAAAACAUCGAUAGUUUUCCCGAUAACAAGAACAUUCAAGAUGGUACCAUUGAUAUCUGGUGGAUUAUUCAUGAUGGUGGUUUGCUUUUUCUUAUUGCUUUUCUUUUGAAACGCAAUAAAGUCUGGUCUCGUUGUCGUUUACGUUUAUUUACUGUCGCUCAACUUGAAGACAAUUCUGUCGAAAUGAAAAAAGAACUGGAACAAUAUAUGUAUCAAUUACGUAUCGAAGCAGAAGUUGAUGUCGUUGAAAUGGCUGACCAAGAAAUAUCCGCGUACGCUCAUGAAAGAACUUUGAAACUAGCGGAACGUGUUAAACUAUUGAAAGAUUUAAAAUUAGCUAAUAAAGAACUCCAACUUCAAGCAAUAGGAUUUGAACGUCGAACGAGCAAGCCUCAAAUUCUAAUGGAAACAAUGGUAGGUAAUCCGCAACAGCAGCAGCAGCGAAAGGCUAGUCUUGAAGAGAAAAACACUCAAUAUCAUUACACGUUCUCUCCCAAACAAUUAGACAAUUUGAAAAAGGAUGUAACUACAUCUUCCAUGCGUAAAAUGCAUUCAGCAGUUCGACUUAAUCGAGAGAUUGCUGAACGUUCCCGAGAUGCUAAACUAGUUCUUAUCAAUCUUCCAUCACCCCCAUCGAAACAAUCGAGUUUGGCCGCAUAUUCCUACAUGGAAUAUGUUGAUGUGUUAACCGAAGGCUUAGACCGUUUACUGUUAAUGCGCGGCAGUGGACGUGAAGUGAUCACAAUAUUUUCCUAA